AUGUGCCAAAACAUCGGGUCAGAGGUUGAGGUUUCCACUAUCGAGAAACAACGGAAAGAGCUGCAGCUGCUCAUCGGAGAACUGAAAGAUCGCGAUAAAGAGCUCAAUGACAUGGUCGCGGUGCAUCAGAGACAGCUUCUUUCGUGGGAAGAGGAUCGGCAGAAAGUGUUGACUUUGGAAGAACGUUGCAGCAAACUAGAAGGUGAACUACAUAAAAGAACUGAGAUCAUCAGGUCACUCACGAAGAAGGUAAAAACCCUGGAAUCUAAUCAGAUGGAAUGCCAGGCAGCUCUUCAGAAGACUCAACUCCAGCUCCAAGAAAUGGCUCAGAAGGCAACCCAUUCCUCUCUCCUCUCCGAAGACCUUGAGGCUAGAAACGAAAAUCUCAGCAACACAUUAGUGGAACUUUCUGCUCAGGUGGGACAGUUACAGGCUCGAGAACAGUCUCUCACUACAAUGAUAAAGCUAAAGGACAAAGAUAUUAUUGAGGCAGUCAAUCACAUUUCAGACUGUUCGGGGAAAUUUAAAUUGUUAGAGCAUGCUUUGCGUGAUGCCAAGAUGGUGGAGACUUGUAUUGUGAAAGAAAAGCAAGACUAUAAGCAGAAAUUGAAGACCCUUAAGGUUGAAGUCAAUAAACUAAAAGAGGACCUAAACGAAAAGACGACAGAAAACAAUGACCAACGAGAAGAGAUCAUUCGCCUCAAGCAGGAGAAGAGUUGUCUGCACGACGAAUUGGUUUUUACCGUGGAGAGAGAGAAAAGGAAAGACGAGUUGCUUGAUAUUGCAAAGUCAAAGCAAGAGCGUACGAACGCGGAGCUGCAUAGUCUGAGGCAGAUUUAUGUAAAACAACAGAGUGAUCUACAGUUUCUGAAUUUCAAUGUGGAAAAUUCUCAGGAGUUAAUACACAUAUAUAACUCAAGGAUGGAGGAAUCAAAGGCCGUGGAGUCCAGCAGAGACAUGUGUUUAUCUGACCUUGAAAAUAACCACCCAAAAGUCGAUGUUAAGAGGGAGAAAUAUCAGAAGUCACUGAUUAAGGACCAGAAAUUUGAGACCACGUUGUUUCAGCAAAAUAGGCCAGACAAGAGCUCUUGCGAUGUGUGCAAAGAGAAGAAGCUGCAGGUUAAUACUUCGUUUGGGGAAAAAGUAAUUGCUAUCUCAUCUCUGUUUGCAAAAGACUUAACGGAGAAACAAAAGUCUUGGUCUCCAGGAGGAAAACUCCAGAUCGAACCCCAAAACAAAAGCACAUUUUGCAAGAUCCAUGCAAGGUCCCCCAAAGGUGAUGGACUCAGGGUUCAGACGGAUGAGAAACAGCUCUCAGAAACACUGGCCCUAUCUGAUGAAAAGCCAUGGCACGAUGUCAGUGUGUACCUGGGCCUGUCCAACUGCUCUGCUUCAAAAUGGCCAGAGAAGCUGGAUGCCGAGUGCCAAGACCCCACAGGGAGAUCGGGAUUCUCGUGUUGUCAUAAAAACGAAGCCUGUCUGGGUGAGAACGAUGCGUGUGAGUUCAGAUGCUGCCACCCGAGCAGCUUCGUCGUCGAAGCCCCAGGCCAGAUGUCCGAUGUGGAGUGGAUGGGCAUCUUCAAGCCCUCUCAACGGCAGGGAGUUGUUUGCCACAAGGCCAUGUGCACUUGCACCGAGAGUGCCAGCCGGACAAAAGACAACUCUUCCCCGAGUGAGCUCAUUGCCAUCCAGCACUCCCACUGUUUGGGUGCUGUCCUAAGAGAGGAGGAGAAGUUGGUGGAGACAGAGUCCUCUUCUGAUAGAAAGAACUCACCUAGGAUUUUGUUCCUGAACAAAGAUGUGGCGUUGCCCAGUGAAAAGGACGAUUUUUCUCCCACCAGUAAGCUGCAGCGUUUGCUGGCAGAGUCUCGCCAGAUGGUGACGGACCUGGAGUUGAGCACCCUGCUCCCCAUCAGCUCUGAGAGUGCCAGCAGCGCUGCCAAAAAGAACUUGGAAGCCUCAGAAGAGUCAGCUCAGAAAAACACCUCUCAGUAAUUGAAGAAAACAAAAGUCCACUUCAGCAUGCAGUAUUCGUGGGUAAGUCACCUUUGUGUAUCUCGCUUUCUAUCUCAAUGGAGAUUUAAUGAGUAACCUGGGAACACUGAUAAGGUGGAGUUAAGGCCCCACGUUUGUUUAACCUGCAAUUCUUUCUCUUUUGUGUGACCUAUUUAUACAUACCUUCUAAAUUUAAUCAGGGUAAAAUGUCAGUUACUUGUAAGAGAAAUGGAGAUCAGAAAAGUUAUUGUUCUCAAUACCUAGAAUUUUAAAUCUAAGGCAGUGACCACAUAGAGCUUUCGAAAUCUGAAUCUGAAUGAACACCUCAUCUGAAUGUCUGGAAAGAAGUCUCUUCAUGGGUUUCAUGCUCCAGAAAGAAGGUUUAUUGACCUAGUAAGCCCUUUCUCGAUUUGUGUUUCCUGCUAUCAAACCUUACUGUCACAUGCAGUUUCCAUAGAACCCAGUGUAAGCUAAAAGGUAUUAAUUAUUUUAGUUGUUUUCAAUGUAAACAGAAGAGCAUUUUAAAAACUCUGAAAACAGAAAGUGUUAGUCUUCUCCUUUUCUUCCUCUCUCCUGUUCCUUCGUACUCUCCGCUGAGUUUCCGUAUUUGUAAUAUAUUGCAUGACCUUAUGUUGAUGAAAAUCAGGAUACAGUUAAUUUUUAGAGACUGAGAGCUCCUAGCACAUGGUCUAGCAUCAUUGAUCUUACUAACUCCAGGUUUCCUUCCUACAGAAGCCGGUUUCUCAUCUCUGCGGAAGGCAGGAAGCAGCCUUCAAUACCUGGUACUUAACCUUGAGAACAAAAGGACUGUCAUCCCUCAUAAGCAGCAUUUCAUACCAAAGGGGAGCAGAAACCAAAAGUUAAUUUUUAAACACGUAUAUUUUGUUUGUUUUCAAGUUGACCAUUUGCAUAUAUCAGAAAUAUUUCUCAUGUGUAAGAAAUCAGACCUUACUCUGUGUUGUGGAUACACAAACUUGGAGUUAUGCUAAGGGAGAAGCAGACUUCCCUGUGUUUCAACCAGUCACAAGAAGCCAGCUCCAGA